CCCCUCUAAACUUGCUUCCACAAGCUCUAGCAUGUGCCCAGCACUUUCUUGCUGAAAAACAAGAUUUAGCUGCUGAUAUUCCCCCAAUAUUUCUUGUUCAUGUGGGUUCUUGUGUAGUGUAAGGGGAGAUCUCCAUCUUUCCAGCGCAUUUUGGUAAGAAAUCAACCAUAAUACUCAUCUUUUCCUCAAUGAUUUGAAGUGGGUUACCUCUAAUCCUCUAGGGUUUUCAAAUUUUAGAAAUUUUCUAUAGUUUCCCCUUGAUUUCAUCCAUGAUAAAUACCACCAGAAACUGAUUUCCUUUACUUGCCAAAAAUUUGAACUGCAUGACCCUUCUCUAGUAAUUUGCCCAUAACUCCUUCUGUAAUUAUUGGAUUAAGUCCAUUUUUAACUCUAUAGAAAGCUAAAAGAUAGCCUUACAACUUUUAUGUUGGACGUUUAACCUAGUUCAGUUGUUUCAUGGUGAAAAAUCUGCUGCAAAUCCAAUUCCCGCAAGCGGACUUAACUGACAGCCUGAACCUGUGUUAGUAUUUUAACCAUAACUCUCUCUAUAGAUUUCAUAUUAAGUUAAUUCUUGAGGCCAUAGAAUGCUAAGACAUAGGGCUACAAUUUAUCUGUUGACCACUCAACCCAGAUCAGUCAAUUUCUAGGCAUGAAUUCUGUUGGAAGUUCCAGCACGAAAUUUGGCCAGAACUUGCCAGAAAUUUGCUCUGUUUUCUAUUUCAUUUCCACCCUAUCUGCUGCUACAUUGCAUCAUAGUUUUAGUAGACUUUUAGCUUCUGUUUUUCUACUCUAAAACCCCUUGUUAUUAGCUUAUUAAUACUGUCUAUUUUUGCUCAGUUCUAACUUGUGUUCUACUUUGUUUUUGCUACUGUCUUUUGCCCAGAAAUCCCUACUGUUCAGGUCCUUUUCUAAGCAUUUUGGGAUUGCUUUAAAUGGCAGAAAACCCCCCACUUUGUUGCCCAAUAUUUCUGCUGCGUCUAGGAUAGCUAAGAGCUCAAUUUCUCAUCAUUUUUCCAUCUUAUUUUGUCCAGAAAAUCUGUUUGGGAUAUCUGCUGUUUAUAUGUCUUUUUAGAGCUGUUUUAAGCAUAUUUUAAGUAUUUAUUUGAUAUGGUAUAGGUUCUAAAUUACCUCAAGCACCUUGCCUUCUUGAAUUCCUUGCUUGUUGUUAACCUACAAGACGAGGUAAGUAAAUUUGUGGUAAUGCCCUUGGAUUUCAAAGUAAAAGCUUUAAAAGCAUAUUAUAAACUGUUUUUGAGAUAGUGUCAGGAUUUAAACUAAUUUUUAGCAUAUGAGGAUGAUUGAUUUAAAAUAAAAUUGUUAAUAUGUUUAUUAAGUUGAGCAUGCCUAUUGGGAUUUUAUUGGAUUGUUUUGAUAAUCUGAAAAUUGGUUGUAAAUUAUGGAUUUUCUUGUAACACCUGCAUGGUUUUGUCUCCAAUAUGGUCAUGAAUUCUAUUAUCCUGCCAGUGAGAGUUAAACACUGGCACAUGUCGACAUAUAUUUCUAUAGAGCCAGUUCAUCCAACCAGUGGGAGAGUAUAUUGACAUUUUCUACUAUCCAGCCAAUGGGAGAAUACAUUGGUAUAUUUGUUAUCUAGCUAAUUAAGAGAACACACUGGCCAUGACUAAUUAAGGGGACUACUAAAUAGAUUCUAGUAUGCAUAAAUGAUUUAUAACUGUGAUUUUCUUCCUAUUUGAAAUUAAAAUGUUUACUUAGCGUGUUUUAAAAUUUUG